AUUCGCGAGUUCGGAACUGAGGUUCCGAUUCAAACAAAACAAAUCAAAAGCCUCUUGCCGUCACUUUACACACUGCGAUAUCAGUUGGAAACUGUCAUUCAAGCAUGCGAUAACGUGUUAGGAAAUAUUUUCCCGAUAUAUAUCAUUUAUUAGUUGAUACGGUUAACUCCAUUUCACUCGAUUUGAUAUUGGAGCAAUUGGUUCUUGGUGAAAUUAAUGGUGAAUUUUUCAACUUUCAGACAAGUUACAACAGGUUUUGGAACUUUUUUAAGUUCAAACCUGUCAACAGGAAUAUAAAUGAAACCAAUUGGGUGCUAAUAGACUUCGAAGCGGAGGUAACCUUCUGGAGAUGAAGUCAAUCUAGUAAAAAUGAAUAUCAGCCAGAUAACAGGCGGUGUUAUGUACAAUACUACAACCAAUGGAGAUAUUAUCAAUGACAACACGGUGCAAGUGGCGUUUUUUAUUAUUUAUACGAGUAUAUUUGUUAUGGGAAUUUUCGGAAACGUUUUAGUGUGCUACGUAGUUUUUCGAAAUAAAGCGAUGCAGACGGUGACGAAUUUAUUUAUAACGAAUUUGGCUCUGUCGGAUAUAUUGUUGUGCGUAUUAGCUGUGCCGUUUACUCCGUUAUACACGUUUCUAGGUGAAUGGGUAUUUGGUAGACUCAUAUGUCAUUUGGUGUCAUACACUCAAGGAACAAGCGUGUAUAUUUCAACUUUAACAUUGACAUCUAUCGCCAUAGAUAGAUACUUCGUUAUAAUAUAUCCCUUUCACCCUAGGAUGAAACUAUCAACUUGCAUCGUCAUAAUAUUGAUAAUAUGGAUAUUUUCAAUGUUGGUAACUUUACCGUUGGGGGUGUACGUGAAGUUAUUUUCCGUCGACAAAGACUCUGAGAAGUAUUUUUGUGAUGAAAAUUGGCCGAGUGAAGAGUGGAGAAGAACUUUCGGAGGAAUUACGACGGCCAUGCAGUUCCUCUUACCCUUUAUCAUAAUGGCAUAUUGCUACAUAUGCGUUUCUAUGAAAUUGAAUGAUAGAGCGAGAUCUAAACCUGGUUCAAAAAAUAGUAGAAAAGAAGAAGCAGAUAGAGAAAGAAAAAAGAGAACAAACAGAAUGCUUAUCGCGAUGGUUGCCGUGUUUUUAGUAUCCUGGCUACCGUUGAAUGCAUUUAAUAUUAUAAACGAUUUUUGUCAACAGAUGGAGAACUGGAAUUUUUAUUAUUUAACCUUCUUUGUGUCUCAUGCCAUAGCGAUGUCGUCCACUUGCUACAAUCCAUUUCUCUAUGCUUGGUUGAAUGAGAAUUUUAGGAAAGAAUUCAAGCAAGUUCUUCCUUGCUUCGAUGGAGCUUCAAGAAGAACACCUCCGAAUAGAUUUGACAAUUGGAGAUCGGAAAGAACAUGUAAUGGAAACGAGACACAACAGGAAACUCUACUUCCCUCUUCUGGAAAUAAUAGAGCUAUUUCAUUUGGGGAAAGGAAGCUAACACCACCACCUCAGAAAACGGAUAGUGUAGAGAUGGAAAAUAUUAUGGUACAAGCAACUGAAAUAGCUGUACAGGAUUCUACAUCGGAUAAUAUUAGACUGAAACUCAUAACCAAAGAGAAGCCUCCUCCUUAUGAAGCUCAAGUUCAAGCUACCGAGGAAUAAAAUGAAUUUGGGCUCCCAUCUACACAUAUUGGAAAUAUUUCAAAAGAAGAGACAACACUGUUGAACUACACUGUCUAUUUGCAACGGAGUGCCAAAUUCAAUUUGAAAGACAUUGAAAAAUCUCAUUUUAGAACAGUUAAAUAUAUCAAUUCACGAUACUCGUAGAUAAAAUAAAAUACAAAUUGAACUAACUGUAAAUGUAAAAACUAUUUCAAGUCAAGAAAUAAUUGUUGAACAACCAAAAAUUCCCAAAA